CUGAAACGCAGCAACAGGGAAAGAACGUGUUUUUGUAUUUAUUGUAAAUAUACAUUUUACUGGAAGUGACACAUAGAUAUAGCUACUAUCCCGGAAAUAUGCAAAGCCAUAAACUGUUGGAAAAUAAAUAAAACGAGAGAGCAAUUAUUACAGAAACCUCAAAAACCUAAUAAUUCGCCAAAACAGCAUGACUUCAAGUGAAAAUCGCAUAAAAACGAAACUGGAAAAAUUAUGCCAAUGUCCCAUUUGUCUCGAUGUCUUCAAAGACCCGAGAACGUUAAAUUGUCAACAUACAUUUUGUCGCAGAUGUUUGGAAGGAUCAUGUGUUGAGAACGAAGCUGGGUUAUUGAGUUUAUGUUGUCCGACAUGCCGUUCGAGGCAACCACUUAUCUAUCAACUAUCAGACGUGUCACGAAUCACUGGUUUUCUGUUUAUCACACAAGUACUUGAAAUCUUAAAAGAAUGGAAGGGUGGCAAUAAAUAUAUGGAUAACGACAAACUACUAAAGACUGAAAAGUCAUCUGAUGAAAGAAUGUUUUUAAACACAAAAGUGACAAGCUUCUAUCAAAGUAUCAACAUUGACACGAUGGAACAUAUAGCACAAAUGCAUACACAAGAAUAUGGUGCACGUGAUAUGAAGAUCAAAUCUUUACAAGAGGAAUUAUCCCGCGUGAAAAGACACAACGCAAAUCUUUUACUUGAUAACAUGUCCUUACGCAUAGCGUUAGUUAAACAUUCAAAAUUACCGCCCGAUAAUCUUUUCCCUCCUGCGAAAUAUUUACCGCCAAAUGAAUAUUCACCGCCCCAAAAUAUUGCGCCCGAUGAUAGUAGUGGGCACAAGUUAAACAAAGAUUUAACAACUUCGUAUAAAGAUUCCAGUGUUACGGAAGAAGAUAUCAGCAAAGACAAAUCUAUAAACAACAAACGAAACGAUUAUAAUCUGCGAAAGAUAGCACUAAUAAAUUCUCUAAGAAGAGGAAGAGAUUCAAGUUUCAGUCGCCCGUUAAUUGAAUCGCGAAACAAGAUGACUAAGCCAUACAGAGAUGAGAAUUUUUAUAACGAAAUUGCGUUUAUCCCUAAAGAUUCAACCAAUGAUAUCAAAGGUCCAAAACAAAGCAAUCACGUUUAUUUAAACGAUUUGCAAGUCCUGGAUAGAAAGAUUAAGAACUACACUAACAGAUCAAGCCCUGUAUUAGAGAAACAAUUUUCAUUCUCUGAGAGAAACAACAAAAGUCUGUGUUGGAAAUGUUUUCGUCCGGGGCAUUCAGGUAGUAAGUGUAGGGAGACAACGACUGCUCGUGGUAGAAUUAUCUGUGCGCGAUGCAAUUUGGUGGGCCACAGUGAAGCGAAAUGUACAGCUUGAAGGAUCAUCAAGUAUUUGGUACCAAAAAUAAAAAGGUCGAAGCUUUAAGGAACAAAAACAGCCGUUACUUUUUGUGUGCUGCCAUGUUUUUGAUGUAACUCCAUCGCUAUGUUUUUGAUGAAACUCCAAACCGUAUUUAGCUAUAUUGUCAUGGGAUAAUUUAGGAAGUUUGGUCAUUCAGAGAAUUAGCACUUACAUUACUUAUGGAAUACUGAUUAUUCGCAAUUCCUUUUUAGCCACCUGUUGUAAAUUUUAGAACACCUUUUAACACGGACCAACUUAGAUAGCUGGAGUGGAAAAGCAACAAACAACGCCGAUUUUUUACUUCGUUGAGCAAUCUCGCACACAUGAUAUUUGAUUGUAAUAAUUAUUGUUUGCACUUCAGAGAAUAUUCACAAUUUUAUUUAUAUCAUUUAUUUAGUUUUUAUACAUUCAGAGACAUUUUAGUUUUUUAUAGUUUCGAGGUGUAAUGUAAAAUAUAAAAUAUUGUAAUGAUGUAAAAAUACAUAAAAAAAACUUGAUAACAAGGUUUAAAAAAGCAAGGGAUAUAUUAAGGAUUGCUCAAAAUUUGAAUCCACUUUUGCUAAUUUACUAUCGACUGUAAUGAAAUACUUUCCGACUUACCUAGAUCCAUUUUUUGUUGCUGCUACCAAGGAGGAUUUGGUACUUACUUACGUACUUACAAGAAU